UCCAGCUUUAAUUAAAACUUUCCCAUUCUUAACUUAUUGCAGCCAUGGCCAACACCCAAAUAUUUUAUCUCCUAUUAUUGGCAUUAGCAUACGGCUCGAUGCUUCCUCGACUUAUUCAUGCUGACCAUGUCUCUACAGUAUCACGAGCAGUUGCAGAUGCAACUGACAGUAAUGAUGUGGAAGGUUUAACUGCAUUACAAAAUAGCUACAUAAUAUUGCAAUUCUCGACGGGUGAUCCUUGCUUUGGACUUGGUGGUCCAUGGUCCUGGGUUGAAUGCUCUACUGAUACACCAUCACGCAUAACCGCACUGAACCUCAAGAAUGCCGGUUUAAUUGGUCCUUUACCAGAUUUUAGCUCCAUGGAUGCUCUCGAGACAAUUGAUUUCAGUCAGAACUAUGUGACUGGGUCUAUUCCUAGUUUUCUUGGCACCUUACCACAUCUUACAACUUUGGAUUUGUCAAACAAUGGUUUGAGUGGAACAGUACCAGAUUCAAUAUCAAACAACAAGAAUUUGGACACAUAUAUAGGCGGAAAUCCAAAUCUUUCUGUGUCCGGCACGAGCGACUCAAACAAUCCCUCGAGUGAUGCUGAUCAGCAGUAUUAUUACAGCACGGAUUCGAAGAAAAAGAGUAAAAUAGGUGUAAUUGUUGGGGUUGUAAGUUCAGUUGUUCUGAUUGUAUCGAUAGUUGUUGGAGUUCUUGCCAUUAUAAACCAUAACAAGAGAAAAGCUGCUGCAGUGGCUGCAGCUAAUAAUGCUAUUGCAGCUGCAGCGGCAGGGAAUGGUAGGGUAGCAGCCCAGAAAGAAGAAAUGGUAGUAUGAAGGAGCCAGGAGAACAAAAGUUUAUAGUGGAUUGAUUGAAUCAUUAUAGGAAAGACUAUGCAUGAUAUUGUUAUUUUACUUUGUGGAAUAUUGUUUUGUAAUUCCACGGUAUAGAAAAAGAUUUGACAUUCUAAGUAUUCAAUUGUAAUAAAAUAAAAACUCUUCAAUUCUUCAUCACACAACCAUCUUAUUAGAAUAAACCACUUUUG